AUGUUUCAAGCCCACUUGCUGCGAAGGCUGCUGGAGUCUUGUUUCAUGCUGACCAGCGGUCGCAACGACCGCAUGCACACUGUGGCCUAUGUCUUUGGAUUAAGCUACUACCUGGUCCUUCCAAUGACGUUUGUGCCAGAUGCAUGGUGGAUGAGCUUCAGCCGCUUGAAUCUUCCAAUGGACAAUGUCGCAGAAGUCCCCAGCUAUGUGUCCAAGUAUGCAGAGGCGGCUGUCAUCGCUGUUGAGCAGACGCAGAUUGUGGGUUUUGCAAUAUUUUUGCUCGGUUCAGUGCUUCAGUUCUUGGUGCAUCGUCAGCUAUCCCAACUGAACCCAACCGCAGGAGCCCAAGCUGAAGGGGCGACACCUCAUGUGUACAAAUUGCCAAAAGGUGGCCUCUUUGAGUAUGUGUCCUGUCCACAUUAUUUCGCGGAGAUCAUCAUCUACAGUGGCCUGCUUGUCACACAGGCAGCGAAGCCUGCCUUGCACCUCGUCAUGCUCUGGGUGGUGUCCAACUUGGCAUUGGCUGCUAUGGAGACGCAUCGAUGGUAUCUCAAGAAAUUCGAAGAUUAUCCCAAGCACAGGAAGGCUCUUAUUCCUUUCAUAAUAUGA